AUGUCACCGCCCACAUCAGAAGCGUCUUGGCCGGCAGGCAUUCCGGAGAUCCGCCAGCAUACGACGGACUUAUCCCAGGAAGAGCUCAGGGAAGAGGCCAAGGGAUGGUUGCUAUUUGUACGGGAAAAGAUUCAGCCCACAUCGACUCCUGAAGAUGGGCUGCGUCAACGGCGAGCGCUAAUAGAGCAAUGGGCCACCGCCAGUCAAGAGUUCCGCGAGGCCUACCAUAGUUGUUCCGCAGGAUACAGCUCGGCUUUCGACUAUCCCGCCUCGGUUCUUUCGCAGAUCGCCCCACGACCCAACAAACGCUUCUUGUGCCUUCCCUCCGUGGACCGGCAGACCCAUCCGCGUAACUAUAUCCACCUCGUGAAGUUCCUGAUUUUGUUGUAUAUCCACCAAGACGAAUGGAAUGGGGUGCACCCCUUCGAAGAGCAUGGAGCAGGCACCGCUCCUAACUACCACCUUCCGGACCUCCUUGGCUGUGGGCCCACCACCAGGCCAAUCACCACCUACGACGAGAUUCUUCCCUCGCUGUAUCUCACCCCAGCGGAUUUCCAUGCCCUCUCCAUGACCCGCCAGGGCACGGUGGUGUUUGACAACGGGCCGAACCUCACGUGGUUCGUGAUCGAUGCGCCAGGACUUGCCACAGGGCGACUGGCCCUGGUGGACUUUAGCUCAAAUGGCCACGUCCGCGUCUCGACCCUUCGUCGACCCUGGAAUAUGGGCCAAACCAUGGCCCUUCGAGCAAAUUCUGGCUUGGAUAUGGAUCUUCCUAUUCUUGACAUCUUGGAGUCAACCCGGUUGAAUAACAAGUUCCUCUGCUCGGGCUACGGAUCUCGGGACCUCUGGAUCCGCCUUAUCAACGAGAGUGCGCCGGGAUAUCUAGAGCUGGAGGCCCAAGGACGGGAGGUGGAGUUCGAGCUAGAUAAAUUGCUGGUUAUCGACCUUUGAUGCUUUUUGCAAGCUCGCUCGUGUUUGAUAGGUUUUCGGUCUACGAGAAUACAGGGUCACGGUUUGUUAAUCGCCUAGUGCCCAUCGACUGAAAAAGUCAUCC